UGCUUGACUUUUGCAAACAAAAGAGUAAAUGCAAUUAUGCAACUUGCUGUCCUCAUUUGAAUCUUCUAAUGAAAUAAAACCCUUUCUACAUCCCUCCCUUCUCACCCUAAACAAGAAACACACUCUCUUUAAUCUAUAUAAUCCCUCACACUCUUCCUAUCCCCUCCAAUUAGACUCUUGUCAUUCUUACUCUCUCUCUUCAAAACACAAGUGAUCAUCUUAACCAUCUCAAGAAAAACAAGAUUUCAUAAACCCUUUUUUUCCAAUUGGAAACCUAAAAAAAUCUUUACAAAAUUCAAAACUUUCUCAUAUGGGAAGACCACCUUGUUGUGACAAAAUUGGUGUGAAGAAAGGGCCAUGGACUCCUGAAGAAGAUAUCAUCCUUGUUUCUUACAUUCAAGAACAUGGGCCUGGAAAUUGGAGAGCUGUUCCUUCUAAUACAGGUUUGCUCCGGUGCAGCAAGAGUUGUCGUCUCCGGUGGACUAACUAUCUCCGGCCGGGAAUCAAGCGCGGCAAUUUCAACGAGCAAGAAGAGAAAAUGAUCAUCCACCUCCAAGCUCUUCUUGGCAACCGAUGGGCUGCGAUAGCGUCGUACAUACCGCAGAGAACAGACAACGACAUCAAGAACUACUGGAACACGCAUCUACGAAAGAAGCUUGGGAAGAACCAAGGCCACGAUCCCGACCGUAUCGAAAAUGGCGCGGCCGCCUCGGGAUCGGUUUCCAAGGGCAAAUGGGAGAGGCGUCUCCAAACAAAUAUCCACACGGCCAAACAGGCCUUAUGCGAGGCCCUCUCUCUAGACAAAUCGACGACGACGACGCUCGCGUCGUCGUCGUCUGUCUAUGCAGCAAGCGCUGAGAACAUUUCUCGCUUGCUGCAAAAUUGGAUGAAAGGGGCGCCGAAAAGCGAGGAGGCGGGAUCGAGCUACAGCGGAGAUCAGAACCCCUCGCUCGGGCUCAGCUCGAGCCCAAGCGAGGGGGCGGCGACCUUCGCUCGCUCGAAUUCGGACAUCUCUGUGGAGAAUGGGAAUUUGAAGGCGGAUUGUGGAGAGACGCAAAUGCCCUUCGGAUUGCUGGAUAAGUGGCUGUUUGAUGGGGCAGAGGUGCAGGGGCAAGAUGGGGAUUUCGUGGAGAUGGCCUUGAGGGAAACUGCUGAUUUGUUUUGAAGAAAAAGAAUAAUUAUAUCUUCAAAACAACUUAGCAGUUUUUAAUUAAGGUUUUAAUGUUACUUAUAAUGUUGUUAUUUUAAGGUUUUUAGGCUCUUUGAAAUGUUGGGAAAAAAAGCUAAAGAAGUGUAAAUUACUCCGUAAGUUUAAAGUUCUCAUAAAAUAAGCUCUCUUCUUUA